ACACAGCCCAAAUUCAUUGCCGAUCAAAACACAGGGUGCUUCGUCCUCCAUGGCUUGUUUGUACGAACCUUCGAUUUCGAGCUCCAACUCAUAAAACAAACCUCAAAAAUACCAAAUUCGAAACCUAAAUGAACUCUUAAAUUUUCCCUAAAUCUCUCAAUCGUAGCGAGCACCUACACUGAUACUACAAUUCGAAAGUCCUUACUCAGGAGGGGGCAUGGGUUGUAAAUUGGCAAUGUUAUUUAUUAUAAAACAGUUCAAGGUUGGAGUCCAGGUUGUUGAUUCACUUUGUUGUUAAUGCAGCAUGAGAACUGUCUGGAUCAGCUGGUCAUUGUUAGUAGCAUAAAUUCAGCCUUUAUGUGCUAUAUUAUCUCAAAUUUGUCAUGCACCACUGUGUUUUCUGGGUUUGUGACACAGUGGAUGUGUGGAAAUUAAUGCAAUGGCAACAUCUAGCAAAUUUGAUUUGCCUUCUAGUAGCCCGGAUAGACCAUUAUACACCAGUGGGCAGCGUGGAUCCCACAUAGCUGCUCAAUUGGAUAGGUCGAGCAGCUUUCGUGAGAGCAUGGAGAAUCCAAUUCUGUCUUCUCUUCCAAACAUGUCUAGAAGCAGUUCCACAGUGACACAAGGAGAUGUGCUGAACUUCUUCCAAUGCAUGCGUUUUGAUCCGAAGACAGUGGUUGCAGAUUAUAAGUCUAUGCGCCAAGUGGAGUUUAAACGACAUGUUAGUGUUGCACUUGGCAUUUCACCAGAUGAUUCUCCAUCUGCUUAUUCGAAAGGCAAGCUGCUACCAUUAGCAGACGAAAUCAAACGAGCAAAGGCUGGUCUUCGUGAAUGCUCUGUCAAGGCGAGGGAACGUAUGAAAAUUUUCAAUGAAGCCUUAUCUGUAUUUAACAAAUUUUUCCCAAGCAUACCAUCAAAGAAGAGAUCUCGAUCAGAUGGUUUCUCUAAUGACCGGUCUAGUGUGUUAUCAAAUGAUCGGUCAGUCUUGGGGACAAAUGUAGGUAAGAUUGGAAUUCAGAGUCAUGCCAUUGCCAGUGGUUUUGAACUUGAGCAGCAAAAACCUGAAGAAAGGACUAAAAAUGCUGUCCCAAACAAGCGCACUCGAACUUCUUUGCUGGAUGUGAGGAUGGAUGUGCAGAGUAAUGCCAUUGUCAGGCCAUCUGGGGCUAUAGAUAGGGACAGAGAAAUGCUAAGGCUUGCAAAUAGUGGUGCAGUUCAGGCUGAGGAUCGAUCAUUAAAUAUUGGUGUCGAUUGGGAAAAGACAAAAAUGAAGAAGAAGCGUUCUGGUAUUAAGCCAGAUGUUUCUCCAGGUACAACGUCAACUAAACCAAUUGAUGGCUACCGGGAACCUAAACAGGGAAUACAGCAAAGACCUGUUGCUGAUGCCCGGUCGAGGUUGAGUAAUGAAUCCCAUGGUUUCAGGCCAGGAGUCCCUAAUGGAGUUGUUGGAGUUGGAAAAUCAGAUGGUAACUCUCAACAGACUGGCUUUGGCAUGCGUUCAUCUGUCCCUAGGACCGAUGCCGACAAUAGUUCCCUGAUCAAUGAUAGGAGAGAUCGUCCUAUUGGUUCAGAUAAGGAAAGGGUGAACAUUAGAGCUAUUAAUAAGACAAAUGUUCGUGAUGAUUUCAAUUCAGCUAGUCCUACUUCAAACACGAAAAUGAAUGCAUCUGUUCGGGCUCCAAGAUCAGGUUCUGGUGUUGCACCAAAGUUGUCCCCUGUUGUCCAGAGAGCGAAUGUUCCUAAUGACUGGGAACUAUCUAAUUGCACAAACAAGCCCCCUGCUGCUGUUGGAUCCAAUAAUCGCAAACGAAUGGCCUCAACACAGUCUUCAUCCCCACCUGUUGCCCAUUGGGCUGGCCAGAGGCCACAGAAGAUCUCCCGUACUGCAAGAAGAAAAAAUCUUGUUCCUAUUGUUUCAAGUAAUGAUGAAACUCCUGCUCUGGAUACUGGAUCUGAUGUUGUUGGUAAUGACAUUGGGUUGGGAUUUGCCAGACGCAUGCCUGGCAGUUCUCCUCAACAAGUGAAAUUAAAAGGUGAAACCUUGUCUUCAGCCGCCUUAUCUGAAAGUGAGGAGUCAGGGGCUGUGGAAACUAAAUCCAGGGAUAAGUGCAAAAAGUCUGAUGAGAUAGAUGAGAAGGUUGGGCAGAAUGUACAAAAGGUGUCCGCUUUGGUCCUGCCGUCAAGAAAGAACAAGCCAAUUACUGGGGAAGAAAUUGGAGAUAGUGUUCGAAGACAAGGGAGAACUGGGCGUGGUUUUACUUCCACAAGAUCUCUCAUGCCAAUGACAGUUGAGAAGCUUGGUAAUGUCGGAACAGCUAAACAGCUUAGGAGUGCCAGGCUUGGUCUUGAUAAGACUGAAAGCAAGGCAGGUCGUCCACCAACUAGGAAACUUUCUGACCGUAAGCCGUAUGCUCGUCAAAAGCAUACUGCGAUCAAUGCAGCAGAUUUUCUUGUUGGGUCAGAUGAUGGGCAUGAGGAGCUAUUGGCUGCGGCAACUGCUGUCAUUAAUCCUGCUCGUGCCUUUUCCAGCUCCUUUUGGAAGCAGAUGGAGUCACUUUUUGGAUUUAUAUCUGAUGCUGACAUUGCUUUCUUAAAGCAACAAGGAAAGCUUGAUUACUUGGUUCCUACAUCAACCCCAGUUCAUUCUAAUGUUAAUGGCUGCAGUACCGUUCCUAAUGGAUUUGGGUUUAUUGAACAUGAGAGAGAGAUGGAGCCUGCUACUGAAGCAAGAAGCAUCGAACUUCUUUCAGAACAGUUAGUACCAGGUAUAGGGGAUCAUAGUGUGAUUCCUUUAUAUCAGAGACUCAUAGCAGCUCUCAUUUCCGAGGAGGAUUGUAGUAAUGGAAUUGAAGACCUAAAAUUUAGUGCAUAUGAGAUGGAUGGAGAUUUGGAAUCAAAUAGUUUGAACCACCAGUCAUUAAUUAACUUUCAGUUUGCUGGGCCUACUGCUUUUAACGGCUAUAGGAUAACUGGUAAGAUGGAGCACGAUGAACCCGAAAGUGAUAUGGUGGGCUUCCUGAACACAGGGAUGAACUCAAACUUUGGUCAUUCUCCAAAUGGUUUACAUUCAGAUCAAGCAUUGAUGCCUAGCAUGGGCUGUUCAGAAUAUCUGUAUGAUAAUAUGCAUAUAAAUGAAAAACUUCUCCUGGAGAUUCAAAGUAUUGGUAUUUUUCCAGAACCUGUGCCUGACAUGGCACAGAUGGAGGAUGAGGGAAUCAGUGACGAAAUCAGUAGAUUAGAAGAGAAGUCCCAAGGACAGUUUUCCAAGAAGAAAGACUUGCUAGAUAGACUGUUGAAGUCUUCCUCAGCCAUGAAAGAUCUUCAAGAAAAGGAGUUUGAACAACGUGCCCUUGACAGACUUGUGAGAAUGGCCUAUGAGAAGUAUAUGACAUGUUGGGGUCCUCAUGGCACUGGUGGGAAGAGUUCCAGUAACAAAGUGGCCAAGCAUGCUGCGAUGGCAUUUGUUAAACGGACAUUAGAACGAUGUCAUCAAUUUGAAGAUACAGGAAAGAGUUGCUUCAGUGAGCCCUUAUUUAAGGAUAUGUUUCUUUCUAGGUCUUCCAACCUUAAUGGUGCACGUCCAUCUGAUUCUACCACAGAGGGUGAAUCAACCAAACCAUAUGCCUCCAUCCGUUCUAUGGAAGGUUCCUUGAGUUCACAGAAAAGCCCUUCACAAUUUAGUCAAAAUGCAGACAACCAUGAUAUUAACUCCUUGGAUGUGCUUCCACCUGUGAAUCACUUAUCCGAACAAACUACUAGUAGAGAAGAUACAUGGUCAAAUAGGGUGAAGAAGAGGGAAUUAUUACUCGAUGAUGUCGGUGGUACUAUAGGUACUUCGAGUUCCCCAUCAGGCAUUGGUAGUUCUCUAUCAAGUAGUGCCAAAGGAAAGAGAAGUGAGAGGGACAGAGAUGGAAAGGGACACAGCAGAGAGAUCAUAUCUAGAAAUGGGAAUACUAAAAUUGGUCGGCCAGCUUUAUCCAAUGUUAAGCUGGAAAGGAAAUCUAAAACAAAGCCUAAGAAAACAACUCAGCUAUCUGCGUCUGUAAAUGGUCUUGUUGGCAAGAUGUCAGAGCAACCUAAACCAGCGUUGCCUUCAGUAUCAAAGUCAAAUGAACUUACUAAGAGUGGCAAUGUCAAGGCAAAAAAUGAGUUUGGCUUGGAGGUAUUGGAUGACUCUGAGUCUCUUGAUUUAUCCCAUCUACAAUUACCGGGAAUGGAUGUAUUAGGUGUGCCUGAUGAUCUUGAUGAUCAGGAGCAGGAUCUGGGUUCAUGGCUGAACAUUGAUGAAGAUGGUUUGCAAGAUGAUGACUUCAUGGGCCUUGAAAUUCCAAUGGACGACCUUUCAGAUUUAAAUAUGAUAGUUUGAAGUUGCUUUCUUUGUAUAGUCUUGUUCAUUAUACCAUUGACAAACAAAACAAAGUUGCUGUUGUCAAGAAAUGACCCGUUACAGGGAUGGUCAUUCGGCUGUCCGGUUCACAAUUAGGUUAUAUAAAUUCUUUUGUAGACUCCUGCACAAGUUGAUUUUCGAGUGAACCUUUCGGAUGUUUUGGAUUUUGCUCCUGUAUUAAGUUGGUGACUUCGACUGUAAAUUUUUGUUCAAGGUACAAGUUAGUAUGUCCUAGAAAUUAUAUCUUAGCAAACACUGUAUCUGGCUGUAGCUGUCACAAAGGAGAGAACAACGCCUCUUGUACAUACAUUUUAUAUUUCUAAUAAAAUCAGCUUUUUGUUCUAUUA